AUGGCCGAAGUGGGGUGCGGUUCGCACGACGUACGGGAGGAAAACACGAAGGUGUGGGGUGGUAGCCCGGUAAUAGACCCGCCUAGUACGUCGUCUAAAUUUCUAAGAAAAAUAACAGGUAUGAAAAAGUCGAAGACAUUUCGAGUGGCGGUUCUAGGGCAGGACGGAGUGGGAAAAACUGCGUUCACAGUUCGAUUCCUGACCAGACGGUUCAUUGGCGACUACGACCCAACGCUUGAACAGAUAUAUCACUGUAAGCGAGUUGUCCGGGACACAAUGGUGGAAUUCGCUGUGUUGGAUACAGCGGGGCCGAACACAAAAGAUCAUUUGGAAGACUCUAUCAAAUGGGCAGACGCAUUCGUCUUACUGUAUUCAGUAGCGGAUAGAUGCAGCUUCAUCGAGUGUCACCGAAUUAAGUUCAUUAUCACCAACACCAAACCCGGCUAUCUAAGCAGUCAUCACAGCAGCUCUGCUCCAGUGUUCCUUGUGGGCAACCAGAGUGACAGGAUCUGGGACAGGAUGGUCACGGCCAAGGAGGGACAGUCGGCGGCUGUAGGGAUGGGGUGCAAUGCAUUCUACGAGAUCUCCGUGCUGGCGUCGGUGGAACCGGCUAUGGAUAUUGUUGAGGAGCUGUUUGCCACUCAGAUGAAGACCAAAGCGUUAAAACAGAGCAGGGGCCUGUCUCUACCUCGCCUCGACCAGUCGAGAUCUAUGUCAGAAGCAGACUCCGAUUCUAAGAUGUGCGCCAUGCCGAGGUUGAAGAGACGGGAGGACAUGUUCUCAUCUAACUGACUUAAUGUGCACACACCAUACACACUAACCCCACCCUCAAACACAACCACUAAGAAAUCCUCAAG